AUGAACAUAUUCCAAAUUUCAAACCAGCUUUCUCCAUCACCCACAAGAUUUCCAGAUUGUUGUCUAGGCAUCUCCAGCACUCUAAUAACCCACCUCGCCGCGCUUCUCCCCCGAAAACCCGCCUUUACCAUCUCAAUCGGUAGCGGAUCGGGUCUUCUUGAGGCUCUCAUCGUGCACGGCGAUAAAAAUGUGUCAGUCGCAGGGGUCGAAGUGGAUUCCACUAUCAAUCGGUACAUUGCCGAAGAAGACAUGAACAUCGUUGGCGGAGGCUGGGGCCUUUGCUAUGCCGCCCAACAAGCCGCUGCGUGGAUGUUUGUUUAUCCUCGUGACCCGAAGCUCGUCACCAAGUACAUUGACACAUAUGGCGAUCAAGCUGUGGAGAUGAUUAUUUGGCUUGGGCCAAGGGUGGAUUGGCCGGAUUAUGAGUCGCGGUUUACUCAGUCACCGUUUUCUGAGUUGAGUUUUGAAGACAAUAUUGGCUUAACGCCGUAUGAGACUGUGGUUGUUGCUAGACGACCAUGUUGA